AUGUCUGCGGCAGCGGCGGCGGCGAACGGCGGGGAGGGGGAGGAGCUCCUCCUGCUCUCGGCCGUGGAGGCUGGCCGCGGUGGCGGCGCGCCCGCCGAGGCGGAGGAGUCGUGGCGGCUCAACUUCGAGGGAUUCCGACCGCCGGAGGCCCACCAGGAGAGGCCGCCGACCGGUCCGCUCCACCACUGCCUCGGCGUUCUAGCUCAAGGUCCUGAGGAUGUUGUUGCUGAGUACUACCAACAGCAAGUGGAGAUGCUGGAGGGUUUUAGUGAGAUGGACACACUUACAGAUCGUGGUUUCCUUCCUGGAGUGUCCAAGGAAGAACGAGAAAAAGUUGCCAGGAGUGAAACAUUAGCCAUACGGCUGUCUAACAUUGCAAAUAUGGUUCUCUUUGCUGCAAAAGUGUAUGCUUCAGUAAGGAGUGGCUCACUUGCUAUUAUCGCAUCAACUUUGGAUUCUCUUCUAGACUUGUUGUCAGGAUUUAUCUUGUGGUUUACUGCCUUUUCAAUGCAAACACCAAAUCCCUACAGAUACCCAAUUGGAAAAAAGCGUAUGCAGCCGCUGGGAGAUGAAUUCAGCUUAACAAGUGAUCAAGAAAAGUGGCUUGUGGACAUCAUGCUUUCUGUGACAUUGGUAAAACUUGCCCUGGUUAUAUAUUGCCGCUCAUUCACCAACGAAAUUGUCAAAGCAUACGCACAGGAUCACUUUUUCGAUGUCAUCACAAAUGUAAUUGGCUUGGUUGCUGCACUACUUGCCAAUUAUAUUGAGGGCUGGAUCGACCCACUUGGUGCAAUCAUUCUGGCAAUCUACACGAUCAGAACAUGGUCUAUGACGGUGCUGGAGAACGUGCACUCCCUGGUGGGGCAGUCGGCCUCACCAGAGUACCUCCAGAAGCUGACUUACCUGUGCUGGAACCACCACAAGGCCGUGCGGCACAUCGACACAGUGCGCGCCUACACGUUUGGUUCCCACUACUUCGUUGAGGUGGACAUCGUGCUGCCAUCGAACAUGCCGCUGCGGGAGGCUCACGACAUCGGUGAGGCCCUGCAGGAGAAGCUGGAGCGCCUGCCAGAGAUCGAGCGCGCGUUCGUCCACCUCGACUACGAGUUCACCCACCGGCCCGAGCACGCCUUGUCCCACGAGAAAUAG